GUCCUUUGCUGCCUCCCCGCUCUUCUACCCAACAAUGAAGGCAAGUCGUCUCAAACAGUUCGAUGCGCACGCAGCCGCCUCGAGGAAAGGCGCUACGGAAGGAGGCAUCGCCAGUGGAAUCGUCGCACUGGCCGGCUCGUACUGGGCCCACAAGCGAUACCCGGCCUACCGCAAACUCCCCUUCUCCUUGAAAGCACUCGGUGCCGUCAUUAUUGUUGCGCCAUGUAUCGCCAUUCAGGCUGAGCGAAGAGGUCUCGAGUACGACCGAUCCCAAUGGGAAGGCGAAGGUUCCCGAAUCCUCGACCAGAAGGAAGUCGAAGCCGCCAAACGAUGGGACAAGAUGUCUUUCGGCGAAAAGCUCGGCGAUUGGUCAUUCCGACACCAGUACACACUCAUCCUCGGUGGAUGGGCCGGCAGUUUGGCCCUCGCUGGUGGCAUCAUCUCUCGCAACAAGUACCAGACAUAUCCUCAAAAGAUCGUGCAAGCUCGUAUGUGGGCUCAGGGAUUAACGAUUGGUCUCUUGAUCGUUGCUGGUGCUUUGACUCAACGAAGACGGGCUGCCUUGGCUGAGAACAACCUCGAUCACUCCUGGAAGGAUGUCCUCGAUCAGCAAGAACGUGAUAAAUUCCUCGCGGAGGAGUACAAAAAGUCGCAUUCCACUGCCGGUGGUUCCGCCGUUGCUGUCGCUUGAACGAUUCUGAACCGACUUUGGACGCAUCUCUCUUGCCGCUUUUAUGCUCUCAUGGAUGGUCUCCCUUUGGGGGAACACAUUCGAAUAACCACCAUGGACGAAAUCCCAUGAUCUUUUUGGAUCGUAGACGGUAGACUGCUAUCUUUAUCAAACAGUCAUUCAUCAUUUAUUGUAUCAUAGCAAGCUGCAUUUAAUCUGUAUGUAUUACAAGUCAUUCGUUUGUUCAAUCUCCACUUUUUCUCCACUUUC